UUUGUUUUGUGAUUUGUGUUGUCAAAUAGUGAAAUCAAGUAUAAUUUACUAUUUGCGGAUUUACUACAAUAAAAACAUUUUUAAUAGUAAGUAGUCACUGGGCACUAAUGUAUAGCAUAUUGUUCUAAUUGGUUCUAUCAUAAAAACUCAACAUAAAAAAAUUGUAAAAGAAGUCAAGAAGUGGUACCUACUUUCUCAAUAUGUCUGUUCCUAAUUUAACAAAUAGUAUAAUGCAGCCCCAGAAUAUUGUUAUAAAUCAGGUGCCUUUGUCUCAUGCAAUUAUGACAAAUGUGAAUGCUAACAAUGGAAUUCCAGUAGUAAAUGCUGUUUCCCAUGUGAAUUCAACGGACCAAAGUGGUGAAAUUAAGGGAAGCUUGACAAUUAUGGAUGCAGUUGGAGGUACAAAUUUAGUGGGUGUGCAAACAGUACCAGUUCAAAAUGCAACCCCAGUAAAGACAGUCCAGCAGAACAUCAGUUCAAAUGAACCAUUACAAGUUCUAACAAAACAAAGACUUCAAGAUCUUGUUCGAGAAACCGAUCAAACCUUGAAUUUGGAGGAAGAGGUAGAAGAAAUCAUUUUAAAUUAUGUCGACGAAUUUAUAGAUCGAUGCUUGAAUGGUGCAGCCUUAAUAGCAAAAAAUCGACAUGUUAAUACUAUUGAAGUAAAAGACGUUCAGCAAUUCCUCAAUCGUAACUAUAAUAUGUGGACUCCUGGCUUUGGAACUGAUGAGCUCAGGCCCUAUAAACGCAGUUUAACUACUGAGGCUCAUAAGCAAAGAAUUGCGUUAAUUAGGAAAACGCUUAAAAAAUAUUAAUGUUGCAUGUAGUUUUUUCUGUGAUAUGCAUUUGCUAGAAUUUGCUAAGUUCCGUGGGGCCUGUGAAGGCAAAAAGUAUGUAAAAUUCUCCAGCUGAUUAGGUGCUUAGAUUGGUGUUCAAAAUAAAGAGUCAAAUGCAUUUUUUUCAAACAUUUUCGAAUUGCCAUUUAUAAAAUAUUCAAAUUUUCAGUUUUUAAUGUUAACAUUUUUUGGUUAUAUUAAAGUUCUGUAUUGUAAAUUGUUAAGUUGAUU